GAUACUGGAGAAAACAAUUGGAUCAUAUCUCUGCUCACCUCAGAUCUUAUGCUCAGAACAACCCUGAAUUCCGGGCCUUGAUUGCCGAACCCCGGAUGGGAAAGCUUAUCUCUGCUACUGUUCAUGAAGAUGGCUGUGAAGUUAGCAUCAGGCUGAAUUAUAUUCAAGUCUCAAGCAAGAAUCUGUAUCUCAACAAAGCAGUGAAUCUCAAUGACCACUUUCUGAGCAGCGUUACCGAGGGUGGUAAUGGGCUGUGUGACAGCAGAUCCAGCUUGGUGAGUGACUAUAGCCAGAGUACCUCAGAUACCCCUGAAAGAAUGAAGAGGACAUGGAGCCUCAAGACCAAGACAUCCCACAAAAGGAAAGAGCAGCUUACACCCGAAAACAGACGCCUGUUGGAAGAAGUUGGCCCAACAGGGGAAGGAAGAGUCUCUGUGCUUGAACAGCUGCUGGAUGAAGGAGCAGACCCCAACUGCAGUGAUAAUGAAGGUCGACCUGCUAUUACGAUGGCUGUUGUGAAUAAUCACCAUGAAGCCAUUCCAGUUCUCGCUCAGAGAGGAGCAGACAUUGACCAGCAGUGGGGACCGUUCAGAAACACAGCUCUUCACGAAGCAACUCUCCUUGGCCUGGCAGGAAAGGAGAGCAUCACCACUUUACUGGGAUGCAACGCAGAUAUUCAAAAGAAGAAUAUAAGAGGCCAGACAGCAUAUGACAUGGCUCUGGAAAUAGGGGAUGACCUCAUAACCUCGCUCUUUGCCUCUAAGUUCAGCCAAGGGAUUGAGGACCAACUUGCCCAACCCAAGAACCCUAGCCAGGGCAACUGUUAG